AUGGCGCCCCAGGAGUCUUCCAAGGGGCGUGGACGCUCCCGGGCGGUCUCCCAGAUGCUGAGGCGGUACUAUAUUCUACAGCAGGAAGUGCGACGCUCGCAAGGGCAUUCCCAGGGGCAACAGAGCACCCAGCGGCCCUUCCACGGGCAGUGGCUUCCCAAAGGGCCCAACUUAGGGUUGCCGGCGCUCCCCGGGCCACUCUCAGGGGCAACGGCGCCCCCAGGGGUCCCUGUCAGGGGCUGUGGUAUCCUCAGGGCCUCUUCCAGAGGCUCUGGCGUCCCCAGGGCCCUCCUAGGGGCGGCGGCGCUCCCUGGGACAUUCCCAAGAGCAGCGGGUCGUCUGGGGCUCUCCUUAGAGGUGGAUAUGCUCUCCUGGACCCUCUCAGGGGCAGCGACGCCCCAAGGGACCCAUGACAUGGGCUGUGACGUCCCAAGCGGCCCUAUUAAGGGCAAUGGCGCCCAGGGGUCCUUCCAGGGGCGUGGACGCUCCCAAGGGACCUCCCAGAUGCUGAGGUGGGGUGGCGGCGAUCCCAGGGACCCUGCCAGGGGCAGUGGCGCCCCCAAUGUCCCACCAUUGGCCGGCGAACCUGCAAGGACCCUCCCAGGGGUGGUGGUGGCCCCACGAGCCUUCCAGGGGCGACGGCGCACCCGGGGGCCUUACCAGGGACGGCAGCACCCCCAUGGGCCCUCUCUAUGGGUGGCAACGUCCCUAGAGGCCCUUUUCAAGGCCGGCGGUGCCUCCAAAGACCCUCCCAAGGGCAGUCGUGACCCCAAGGGCCCUGCCAGGGGCGGCGACGCUCCCAGGAGCCCUGCCUGGGGCGGCAUCGCCUGCAAGGGCACUUUCAGGGAAGGUGGAGCUCCAAUAGGCCCUGCCAGAGGCUGUAGCACUCCCAAGGCCUCUUCCAGGGGCUGUGGCGCCCCCAGGUCUCUCUCAGGAGCAGCGGCGCCCUCAAGGGCCCUCCCAAAAGCGGCGGAUCCCUUAGGGGCCCUACCAUUAGCUGUGGCACCCCCAGGACCUCUUCCAGGAACUGUGGAGUCCCCCGUGCGGCGCUCGCAGGGGCAUUCCCAGGGGCAACAGCGCACCCAGCGGCCCUUCCAGGGGCAGUGGCUUCCCCAAGGGCCCAACUUAGGGGUGCCGGCGCUCCCCGGGGCCCUCUCAGGGGCAACGGCGGCCACAGGUGUCCCUGUCAGGGCUGUGGUAUCCUCAGGGCCUAUUCCAGAGGGUCUGGCGUCGCAGGGUCCUCCUAGGCGCGGCGGCGCCCCGUGGGGCCCUCCCAAGGGCAGCAGGGCCCCUGGGGCUCUCCUUUGGGGUGGAGAAGCUCUCCUGGACCCUCUCAAGGGCAGCGACGCCCCAAGGGGCCCCUGA